AUCAUCUCUAUCGUCGUCGUCGAAUUGGGGCACCGAUUUGAUGUGACAGGGAAGAAGAGGAGGCAGUUCGCGGAAGGAGGGAGGAUUUGACUUGCUUCCUUGGCGGCUAUGACUAUCCCAGCCAUUUCCUCCCGCUCGUGGCCAAUCCCAUUGCGUCGGAUCCAACCGAAUCGGCGGCACCGAUGACCAUGGAGGCGGAGCGCGGGGCCGGCGAGGAGGAGGAGGAGCCGCGGCGCCCUCUCCUCUCACCUUGGUCGCCAGCGGCGGAGCACCAGCACGUGGGGCGGAGCAGCUCGUCGGCGCUGCGCGAGGGCGGAGGAGGGUGGGAGGAGGUCGGCGCUGCCGAGGUCAAGUCCGCCGCCUCCUUCUCCUCCCCCAACUACUACCCCCUGGCGCCCAAUCCUCACCACGACGCCGUCUACCCACCGUCCAUCCACAGCGCCGUCCUCCCCCCAUCCCCGUCAACUGCUGCCACUCCUCCGCAUACGCAUGGUUUGGCGAUUGGUUCUCAAGGGCCGUACCCGUACGGCGGUGAUUACCAGCCUGCUCAGGGCGUCAGGAGGGGUGUACUGGAUGAGGUGGAGGUCCGGCAGAUGCUAAUCGAACAUGUUGGGCACCGAUGUUGUUGGGGCAGCCGGCCUGCUCGGACAUGGAAGAUUACAUCCAUCAAGGACUGCUGCGACGUAUAUGUUGGUACCUUGGAAACCUUCAUCGAGCAAAGAGACACCAUAUUUGAAAGGGAACCCUAUCAUGGUGGGGAAGUAGAUGGGAGAGACAAGGGUCCUGUCCUUGGUGUGUGGGAACUAGAUUUGAGGUCCGAGUUUCCUCCGCUCUUUGUACCGGAGAAAGAAGUAAGGGUCAAGAUUCCUCAUUCACAAGUUACUGAGAAGUGCUCAGCUUGCGAGGGUCGUGGAAAGGUACCAUGUCCUACUUGCAAUCCUGGUCGGCAGUACGGGUUUUACAUGGCAAAUCAAAUGACUCAGUGCAGUGUAUGUGAUGGCAGGGGUUCACUCGCUCAGCAAGAUGAAUCUGAUUCAGUAUGUUGGAUGUGCAAUGGUCAAGGAGUGUUGCCCUGCAGAGAAUGUGGAUCCCGUGGCCUAGUAACAUGCCGGACAUGUAAUGGCUGCGGUUCACUUCUUACACAAAGCAUUGCUCGCGUUCGAUGGGAGACGCUUACAGCGAGAAAAGUUAGUGCAACAGCAGAAACUGGUUCGGUCCCUGACGAAGUUUUCCACAGAGCGCAAGGGAUGCAACUAUGCAACAUACAGGCAUACCAAUGCACUCCUGCUUUCUUUGCCGAUUCAUACCCACUCAACCAGUUGUCCUCGGAGGUUGUUGCUAACCGGCUGCCAGUUCCACCAUCCACAAUAGUCAUUUCGGAGAGACACAUCAUCUCGGUCGUGCCCGUAACCCAUGUCACUAUGUCGCACCGUAAGCGAUCUUUUAUCUUCUAUGUCGUUGGAUAUGGCAGGGAUGUUUUCGUCCAGAACUACCCUUCGAGGUUUUGCUGGGGCCUCUGCCGUUGCUUCGAAUGGUUUGGGAAUUAGUUGCAUUUUAUGCCAUGUGUGUGCCACCUUCUUUUGGUGUCCAAUGUUCAUAGUAUCAAAACCUGUGUGUUUACAACUGUAGAGAGGCAGUUCGGUUUCUGGUGUGCAGCCGUAAUGAUGUGGUACGUUGUCUGUUGUUACAGUACAGAUACUGUAUGUGCAUUUUUGGACUUAUGGGUCACGUACCAGGGCGGCUGUACCGAUUGUUCAGUGUGUAGAAAAUGGUUCACAUAUGGUUAUCAACAAUAAUAAUGAGUUGUGCUCUCUUUUAGGGGGAGAGGGGCUCAUUACUGAAUCAAAGUAUCCAUCAUUUUGUUCC